UAGACCCCGCUUCAACCUCGGUUUCCUGGGCAUUGAUACAUCUCCCCGUAACGUCGUCGUCGCCGGAGAAGAAGAAGAAGAAGAAGAAGAGGAAGAAGAGGCGGAGGAGGAGGACGAGGAGGAGGAGGAGAUGGGCGUUCGCAUCGGAGGUGGGGUGGAGAGGGUGGACGCUCGAGAUCUGAGCUACGAGCGCUUCGUCGAGAGGUUCCUCGCGCCCAACCUCCCCGUCCUCCUCACCGGCCUCACGGACGCCGCCGCCCCGUGGAGGGCCUGCGCCGACUGGGUCUCCUCCGCCCCCCGCCGCCCCAACCUCCCCUUCUUCUCCGCCCGCUUCCCUAACUCCACCGUCCAGGUGGCUGACUGUUCUACGAGGGAGUUCACAGACCAAAAGAGACUUGAGAUGUCUCUGGCGGAUUACAUAAGCUACUGGAUUGAACAUUCUCAGGAAAAUCGUGGUAAUGAUUCAAGCUGUAACAAUAAGAUUGACUCAUUGUUGUAUCUUAAAGAUUGGCAUUUUGUUAAGGAGUAUCCUGAUUAUGCGGCAUACACAACGCCUAUUUUUUUUGCUGAUGAUUGGCUCAACCUGUAUCUUGACAGUCAUAGUCUUCAUCGAGAUUUCGACAUUCAUCGUGAUAAAAAUGAAAUAAAUUGUGCAGACUAUCGUUUUGUUUACAUGGGACCUAAAGGUACUUGGACUCCUCUUCAUGCUGACGUGUUUAGGUCAUACAGCUGGUCAGCAAAUGUGUGUGGGCGAAAACGUUGGCUAUUUUUACCACCUUCACAGUGCAACCUUAUCUUUGAUAGGAAUUUGAAAUCCUCAGUCUAUGAUGUUUUCAGUGAUGUUUCUGAAACACAAUUUCCUGGCUUCAAGAAGACUGUUUGGUUGGAAUGCAUUCAAGAGCAAAACGAGAUAAUUUUUGUGCCUAGCGGAUGGUAUCAUCAGGUCCAUAAUUUGGAAGACACAAUAUCUAUAAACCACAAUUGGUUCAAUGCGUAUAACCUUUCAUGGGUGUGGAAUUUGCUUGUUGAAGACUACAAUGUGGCGAAGGAAUAUAUAGAAGACAUUCGUGAUAUUUGUGAUGAUUUUGAAAGUCUCUGUCAGCGGAAUCUGGCUGCCAAUACAGGAAUGAACUUCUAUGAUUUCUUUAUUUUUAUAACACGAUUUGCGUUGGCUAAUAUAACUCAAAUAUUCCUUCUUCAAAACGUCAAAGAUGCUGCCUCCAAUUCGUCAAUCAAGGCUGACCAUUUUGUCUGCAACCUCAAGUCCAUACAUGCAGUUGCAUCCAGAAUGACAUCAGUUGAUGCUUUUGCCCCCAAAAAUUUAAGUAGUUGCUCUGUAGAAAACCGAAGUGCCUUUUCUGAUGUUAAGAAAAUUUUGAAGGAGGAAAGUUUCCAUCAGCUAUGCGCAGCAUUGCUGAAGACAUAUGAAUAUAUUCAUGGACAGGGAAACAAUACUGAAAUGAGAAAUUCGAAUCGAAGGGGCUUCUUUAGGGUUGCGGAUGAUAUUACAGCUUUUAUUUCUGAGAUUUGUGGCCCUGAGGAUUUGGUCAGGUUGAUUGAAUAUGCUCUCCAAAAAAGCACUGUCUCUUCUGAUGCUUUUAACUCCAGCUUGCAUGUCUAACUCAUGUGAUGAAUUUGCCAAUUUAACCUAAAAAGCCGGUUACAUGUUUGAACUUUGUGUAAACUCUUCAUGCCAUUUGUGAUUUUGUGAGUUCAAGACAAUUCUCAGGCACAUCCUUUGGUUGAUAUAUGAGUCAUCGUCCAAACACCAAUGCUGGUAAAUUGCCUCUCCCUGAUCUGUGUCUGCUGGAUUUCUUGAAGGCUCAGAGGUCAAAACAGAUAAAGCAUCUUACACACCAUUAUGCAGACACCAUUAUGCAGAGGAAAACUUGUUCUUGUUGAUUUAUGCAAAGUUAUAACCCAAUUAUGCAAUUGAUAUUUUCUUGUCAAUUUGUAAGUUGCAGAACAGCUGAUUGAGAACCAAGUACACAAGCAGCAUAACCAAAAAGUAGUGAACAGUAUCCAUCAUGAGAUGCUUGGUCACCUUCUUGUUUGUGUAUUUGGCUGCUUUUAAUACCAUGUGCUUUUUACAGUCUCUGUUUAUAUUGAAUGCCUAUCGGAGAUUUUGCGAGUCUUGGUAUAGUUGCUUUUUUUUGUGAAUUUUUUUUUGAAAUUGUCAGGUGACAGCAGAAAUAGAGUGGGGAAAGUAUUGAGCUGUAUCAGUUCGAUUUCCUUGGUGAUCAAACAUUCACAUGGUGUUUGUCGCUUGCUACAGGGAGAACAUGAUUUAUAUAUAUGAUACCAAAUGGUUGGGAUUUCUCGGUAGUUUUCUUAGGUAGAUGGGUUUUUUUGUAAGUUGGAUGCUUUUUUAUGUACAAAUUGAUUUGCAAAUGAAAGUUCAUGAAGCUUGGUCAGUAUUGUAUAUUUCUGAUGCUGUGUGGAUGUGCUCCAUUCAAAAAGAACAAUGUACUUGUCUAUAGCAGAUUUGGCAAAAUAUUCUGUGUUCUAUCUAUAGCAGCUCAGCAACAUGUAUGCCAUUAUGUCUUAAUCCACCACAUAACAUUUGCCAUGGGACUCAGAAAUGCCGAUUCCAGUUUCAAAACGGUGUUUCAGUUGACGCUACGAUAGGGUAAUUCUGCGUGGAGCUUUGAAGUAACAAUCUCUGUAUGUCCUUUUGGUGCGAUGGCUUUCUGCGUGGAGCUUUGAGUUAUCUCAACCAACAAAAAUUUAUGCUAUUGCUCAGUUUGUGGACCAUGCUCGGGCAAUAAUUUCUCUGCCAUCAAGCAGGUCUGAAAGCCCUGUCAGAG